GCUUCCCGCGCUCUUCAAAACCUAUCUACUUCUCUCUCUCUCUACACACACACACAUAUAUAUAUAGAUGAAUCUGAAUGAAUUCUCUCAUCAAUCAGAGCUUCCGUAAAAAAUCCCCACUUUUCACUUGCAAAUUCAAAUCUUCGCUUGCCGUUAUCAAAAACCCAUCAGUUUUUCUCGUCGAACGUGAACAGAAUGUCACUCCUUUCGACCCGUUUCAGUUCUUCAGUGAGCAUAGAAAAUCUAGGCACUGCACAGUCGGAAAUACCAAAGUUAUACAUGCCCACUUGCUCAAAUCAGCUGCACUGCAAUCUAAAAUCUUUGUCGCUAAUUCUUUACUUGAUUGGUAUUGUAGAUCUGCUGCCAUGGUUUAUGCACUCAAGCUGUUUGAUACAAUAGGUCAACCGAAUAUUUUUUCUUGGAAUAUCAUUAUUUCAGGUUACAAUCAGAACGCUUUAUUGGAGGAUUCGUGGAAGAUUUUCUGUAGGAUGCAUUCUUUGGGUUUUGAGCCCAAUGAGAUAACCUAUGGGAGUGUUCUUUCAGCUUGUACUGCUAUGCAGGCUCCAAUAUUUGGUAAGCAGGUUUAUUCAGUUGCGAUGAAAAACGGGUUCUUUUCAAAUGGUUAUGUUCAGUCUGGAAUGAUAGAUUUGUUAGCAAAAAAUUGCAGCUUUGAGGAUGCCUUGAGGGUGUUUCAUGAUGUUUCAUGUGAGAAUGUGGUCUGUUGGAAUGCUAUUAUCUCUGGAGCUGUUAGAAAUAAAGAGUACUGGGUUGCUUUGGAUCUUUUUGGCCAAAUGAGUUGUGGAUCUUUUAUGCCAAAUAGUUUUACAUUUUCAAGCAUUUUAACUGCUUGUGCUGCACUUGAAGAACUCAAUAUUGGAAAAAAAGUUCAAGGGUGGAUGAUUAAAUGUGGUGCGGGAGAUGUCUUUGUGGGAACUGCUAUCAUUGACUUGUAUGCCAAGUGUGGAGAUAUGGAAGAAGCUGUUAGGGAGUUCUUGCAGAUGCCAAUCCGUAAUGUAGUUUCUUGGACUACGGUUAUCUCUGGUUUUGUGCAGAAGAAUGAUUCUGUUUCUGCCCUCAAUUUCUUCAAAGAUAUGAGAGAAGUGGGGGAGGAAAUAAAUAAUUACACUGUUACCAGUGUACUUACUGCAUGUGCUAAACCAGCCAUGCUUGAAGAAGCAAUCCAAAUCCAUUCCUGGAUAUUAAAAACUGGGUUCUAUUUCGAUGCAGCGGUGGGGGCUGCUUUGAUCAAUAUGUAUUCAAAAAUAGGAGCUCUUGAUCUAUGUGAAUUGGUCUUUAGAGAGGUUGGAAAUGUAAAGAAUCUGGGUGCAUCGGUUGCAUUGAUAUCUGCUUUUGCUCAGAAUCAGAACCCCGAAGGGGCCAUUGAAAUUUUUCUGAGGAUGUUAGAAGAAAAUGUGAGACCAGAUAAGUUUUGUACAUCUAGUCUUUUGAGCAUUAUAGGCUGUUUAAAUUUAGGGAGACAGAUCCACUGCUACACUCUUAAGACUGGGUUAGUCUUUGAUGUUUCUGUUGGUAGUUCGCUCUUCACCAUGUACUCGAAGUGUGGUACUUUAGAGGAAUCCUAUAAAGUUUUUGAGAAAACCCUUGACAAAGACAAUGUUUCAUGGGCCUCAAUGAUUGCCGGUUGUACAGAACAUGGCUGUUCAGAUCGAGCCAUUCAGUUAUUUAGGGAAAUGCUGUUUGAAGAAAUUAUACCUGAUCAGAUGACCUUAACUGCAACACUUACUGCAUGUUCUGUUCUUCGUUCUUUACAGAAAGGAAAAGAAAUUCAUGGUUAUGCUCUUCGUUUUGGUGUUGAGAAAGAUGUAGUUGUUGGUGGUGCACUUGUGACUAUGUACUCAAAAUGUGGCACCCUAGAAUCAGCAAGCAGAGUGUUUGACAUGCUCCCUCAAAAGGAUCAGAUUGCGUGCUCCUCUUUGGUUUCUGGGUAUGCCCAAAAUGGGUACAUUGAAAAUGCCCUUAUACUGUUCCGUGAUAUGCUGAUGGCUGAUUUGUCCAUUGACUCUUUCACAGUCUCAUCCGUGGUUGGGGCCAUUGCACUUUUGAAUAGAUUAAGCAUUGGGACUCAACUGCAUGCCUGCAUUACAAAGAUGGGUCUGGAAUCAGAUGUUUCUGUUGGAAGUUCACUGGUUACAAUGUACUCAAAAUGUGGAAGCAUAAAAGACUGUCAUAAAGCAUUUGAUCAGAUAGAGAAGCCUGAUUUGAUAGGUUGGACAGCUAUGAUUGUCAGCUAUGCUCAACAUGGGAAAGGUAUUGAGGCUUUACGUUUUUAUGAGCUUAUGAGGGAAGAAGGAAUUAAACCAGAUUCGGUGACUUUUGUUGGAGUUUUGUCCGCUUGCAGCCAUAAUGGAUUGGUUGAAGAAGCCUAUAUCCAUUUUAAUUCAAUGGCCAAAGAUUAUGGAAUUGAGCCUGGUUAUCGCCAUUAUGCCUGUAUUGUCGAUCUUCUUGGCCGGUCAGGGAGACUGAAAGAGGCUGAAAGUUUCAUUAAUAAUAUGCCUAUGAAACCUGAUGCUUUGCUGUGGGGAACCCUGCUGGCUGCUUGCAAAGUACAUGGAGAUAUUGAGCUUGGAAACCUAGCAGCCAAAAAGGUUAUGGAAUUGGAGCCAUGUGAUUCUGGAGCUUAUGUUUCCUUGUCAAACAUCUGUGCAGAUAUAGGCCUAUGGGAAGAAGUCCUGAAGAUUAGAAGCCAGAUGAAGGGAACUGGGGUGAAGAAGGAACCUGGUUGGAGCUUUGUGUGAAACGCAAUUAUGCCAUGAAUAUUGAGUUUCCAUGACAUGUGAUUUAGAUCUUUUGGUUUUUUGUCUAUGUGAGGUUCUCAUGGAAUUACCCUUUACAAUUUGUAGAACAAGGAGAGUUCAUAGAUUCUGAAGAGUAAGCAAACCAAAAAGGAUGGACUUUAAUAAAUGAGAAGACAGUGCUCUGCCCAAUGGUGCAUACUGAAUAACUGGUCUAUAUCUCACCAAGAAUGGUAUGAAGUUUCACUGUAAACUAUGCAUAUCUGAUGGUGAUCUGCUCUGAUAUCCAACGGAUUGGACACUAAAUAUAAAUACAGGGUAAAGAAAAUAUGUCCAAUUAUAGUCCAGCAAAAGAGGGCAUCUCGGAGAACCACUCAGGCCAAUAAAACCUGUCAAACUCUGUACGUCUGCAAGUCCUCAAAAUCCAUUGGUGGGGGGGAGGGGUGACUGAGGAAGGAGUUCUGUCAUAAAGAUCUACGUAUUUUCUCACAUGAAUAUAUGUUUUUGUUGCUGUUCCAUGCGCUGGUGGUCUGAAUGGGAAUUCUCGAAAAAAGAGAAGAGAAAAAGCAGCUGCCACUCGUGUUAUUCAUCAAAACAAAAAUUAUCAUGUUCCAUGGAUGAAAGAAUAAAAAGAUUGAAAGGUAAUAAGUUAUGCAAGGAUGUUCGCCAGUCGCCAGGGUUUGAUAUGCUCUUUGCAGCAUGUGGUUCCGUUCUUGCUUUUGGAUCAGAGAAGAAAGGAGUUGAACACCAAGCACCGACCAGUGUUCAGGAUACAGCCGCAAAGUGUCAAAUAAACACAGUUUACGUUUGCAUAUAUCAUUUGUCAAAAGGGUGCAGAUGUAUAUUUUUUUAUGUUUUUUUGUUACUGUUUUUGAAUUACAUUUUCGAUGGAACCCAUUUAAGAGCACUCCCAAUGAUUUAUUCAAAAUGGCUAACCAAAAUUCAUUUUAUCUAGUUUAACUAAUCACUAUUCAAGACCUACAUCCUUCAGCUUUAUUUUAGUAAAAUAAUAUUUUAAAAUUGUUUAAAAAUCCAGAUAUACUUUAAUAUCGCCUGAACAUGCCUUCAUGUGCCGAAGGCACUCACAAUGCUGGAAACCGGCAUCAGGGCAAGAGGAGGUCCAGCAGU